CCCGACCGUAGAAAAACAAAGCCCCGGAUAACAACAAAACUCACAUUUUUACAUCUAACUGCACCCGGGAAUCCGUUUUAUUGAAUCGAAACGGACCGUAGGGGUCGACUCCGGGUGUUUUUCGUCGCUCUUUAUGUCAUUUCGGGCGAUGUUGUUUAUCUGUAGUAAGGGGGGGGCUUGAAACCGCCAUCCCUUGCCCCAUUUCCUCGGUUGUUUUCCUUCUCUUCUCUUCUCUCGCCUGGAUUCUCCAUGUUGUUGCUGCAAGAGUGAAGACUUCAGCAGUAGAGAGGGGGGCUGCUCGCUGAUAUUACCCCUAAUAGUAGUGGUAAACCCGAGCUGACAGACUCUCAAAUAGCCUCCAAAACAACACAAGUGCCUUGCCCCCUCUACGGGCGGCGGAGCUCCGAGAGAAGAAGAAGAAGAAGAAGAAGCGGUGGUUAGAAUAAAGAAACCCACUGGAACAAGAUAUAUAAAUCCUCCUACUCUCUCUUCAUCGAGGAUUGUUGUUACUGAGGCGGAUGACAAGUUACCUCGGUAAAUAAUUGAGUCAACUUGUCAAUAAAAGCCAAUGAGGGAUGCCCAUCAGUGCUCGGGGACAGGAUUUGAGGAUUUUGAGGGCUCCGUGAUUGUCAGAUGGAAAGUUCUGUUAUCACCCAAGUGCAGAAAGAAGACGUUCAAGUGUCACCGAAAACAGGCCAGGUGAGCCGGUCUGCCCUGAAACAGCCUCGGAGUUGUAACAUCUUCAAAGCACUCUUCUGUUGCCUCCAAGCUCAGGAUGGCCCCAAACCACCAACACCAACACCACCACCUCUCCAGCAGGCCUUGCUGGAGUCACAGGAAAAUGGGAUGGUUGUCAAGCAAUAUGAACCAAGCCUCCUGCCUGAGAUGGAGGACCAGGACCAAGGGAAGAUAUGUGUGGUCAUAGACCUGGACGAGACCCUGGUGCACAGCUCAUUCAAGCCUAUUAGUAAUGCAGACUUCAUCGUGCCUGUGGAGAUAGAGGGGACCACACACCAGGUGUAUGUACUGAAGAGGCCGUACGUAGACGAGUUCCUGCAGAGAAUGGGAGAGCUGUUUGAAUGUGUGCUGUUUACAGCCAGUCUCGCAAAGUAUGCAGACCCAGUGACGGACCUGCUGGAUCAUUGUGGCGUAUUCCGGACCCGGUUGUUCCGGGAAUCUUGUGUAUUCCACCAGGGCUGCUAUGUCAAAGAUUUGAGCCGCCUGGGCCGAGACCUCCACAAAACCCUCAUCCUGGAUAACUCUCCUGCCUCCUACAUCUUCCACCCUAAUAAUGCUGUUCCUGUGGUGUCAUGGUUUGACGAUGUGGACGACGCUGAGCUGCUCAACCUUCUGCCUGUGUUCGAGGAACUUAGUCAAGCUGAUAACGUUUACGACCAGCUGGACCAGCUUCGUGGACAUUAAGCCCUCAAUGGACCCGCUCCUCAGCUCCUGUUAAGAGCUCCAGCUUCACACUUCUUCAGCUACAAUAUACGUCGACAAUAGAUACUAGAGUUUUCAGACGUUGUUCUCCUUGCCUCUGCACAAAAUCCUUCGUUUAGAAAAUUGUAUUAACAUGAGGCUUAAGGAAAUUCCAAGCCUGGAAAACACAAUGCGUUCGGCUCAGCAGAAACUAUAGAUUGCAAUCUGAGGCCUUUCUUCCGAACCUCAGUGCUGACAUUAUUGACAACCACUAUUUGAAAGAGCGGGAAACAACAACCAAAGCAAUCACCAUCACAAUCACUCCAGUUAGAAUAUUAAAGUGGUUCUUUUGCCAAAGCAGAAGCCUGCCUGCCCUGACUUGACUUUUGGACAUUGUUUUUUUUUCAUUCUUGUGCCUUUUAAGGAACAACAAAAACAAAAAAAACAACAUCAGCUCUUUUUUGAAAUUUCCACCAGAUUUUAUACAUUUAUUGAUUUCUUUUUAUAGGUUGUUUUAUAAGGAAAUCUAUUUUUAAACAGUGAACAUGGUUCCUCUAUGCAACCCAGUUCUGUAAUUACAUGGACAGUACCUCCGAAGUAGCCAGUCAAUAAUUGCAUUCAGCAGAUGUAAACAUUACUGUAGCCUUAUUUACCUGUAAAUGAGCGGCAAAACAAAAGUGUAUUUUACUUAUUUGUACUAUAAGCAUAAUUUCUACAAACCACGCAAAUAUACAUCAUAGUGGUCGGAUAGAUAUUUGAUGUAAGUUAAAUAAACAGGGUGAAAUCUUGUCUUUGAUGGUCCGUUGAAAGCAGACACACUGGAAUAUGUUGGCACAUAGGACGACCGUAAAUGCCACAGUUUUCAGUCAAGGUUUAAUAAUAAUUCAUUUGUUACAACGUUUUUCUUGUAUUACUAUGUGACAAACAACUUGCACUUGUUUUAUAUUGACAGUGCUGAAAGUAAAAACUGUGCCUUUGAAAUUCGGACAGAGAAUGGUGUUCUGCCUGAAAAGAGAUUUGUAGGCCUACACACUCUGAUGUGUCAUGCUGAGCGUGAGAAAACACUGUCAAGAGCAAGUGUAAUGCCAUGUGGCUGUGGUACUUGCAGUGCAACACUUGAAAAUAUCAAAUUUGAUUUUUUUAGCAUGUGUGAGCGUUUGUUUUCUAUAUUUAUUGGCCAAAAAUCUGUAUUGUCCAGUACUUCUUACUGCUUAACAUUUUGUAUUGUAAUCCACUUGCCUACUUUGAGGCUGGCCUUGUGUUUAACUGUUUUAUCUGUGCCUAGAUAACACAUUUUGCUGUCAAAGAUCAUAAAUAAUUCAAAAACUUAAGCAGUUCAAUCAAAUAAAAAAAAAAUAGAUGUAAAUCCAAAAUUCAAUCAUACAAGAACACAUUUUCUUUUUUCCAUUUUUAAUUCAGUACAACAGAUAUUUUGUGGGGUUAUGUUUCCUGGGUAAUAUGGUUUUUCUAUGAUGUUUAAAGUCUGAUGCAAUUAUUGCCUGCAUGUUAACUAGUAAAAGAUGACAAUGAAAUUGUACCAGUUGUGAUGACCAAAAGUAUUCGUUUAGACAGUCACAAUUUGUCUUUGUGUAUCAGAAUAAAUCAAACACUCAUUUUGUCUAUCCGAUCUGACCAAAACUCUAAAAGACAAGGUGCUACCAGUUUUUAUUUUUAAAUAAAAAUUGGUUAUGUUAUGCUGUCUUUGUGCAUGUUUUUCUUGUCUGUGACACUAAAGAAUACAUCUCUUCAUUGUCUGAAAGUAUAAAAUAACUUUCGCUGUAUGUCCUCUCAUACAAAGAUUGAGUAUCUUUUAAAUCAUUAAACCUUUUUGGUCUCAAA